CAAAAGCCGUUUUGUGGGAGGAGUGUGUCCGGGGCGGCCGCGGGCGCCGCCGCCCACCGACGUGCCCGACCGUUCGGCCGGCGCCGCCGUCGCGACAUUACAGUUCCGACCGGAUCACGUACCGUACCAUCCGUGCUGGCAGCGCGCGUCCCCACGACGCAUAUCCGUCGGACUAUAAUAUACCACAAUAUUACCUAGUAUAAUACCCGUCAUAACGUACGUCGUUUCCCGAUCGGAAAUCACGUCGAGAUUUGCGACAUUGUUUUGAUCGUAUACCUACUUAUACCAAACUAAUAACUACCGACGUACACUCGCCGUGACGAUCGCACUUUAUAUACAUACUACGAACCUCCGGCGUCGAUCGCACGACAAUAACAAUAAUAAUAUAAUCGUUUUUCGGGAACUGAUUUCACGAUAAUAAUCGCGCAUAGAUUUUUGGCGAAAUAAUCACGCUCGGACGGGCGCAUUUUCCGUUUUUCCAGCCGGCGUCCACUGCUGCAGCCGCCGCCGCCGUCGUCGUCCCGUGCGAUGGAGAUCACAGUGUCCGCGCCGAUCGACUUUAGCGUGUCGGUCAAGAGGACGCCGCCGACGGCCGUCGUCAGGACGCCAACGUCCGGGGCCGCCGCGGCCGCCGCUGCGGCUGCUGCUGCCGCUGCCGUCGCGACGAGCUGUGCUGGUGGUGCGUCGUCCGCCACCGCCGCACAGCAGCAGUCCAACGACGAUCGCCGCUCGCCCGCGGCCAUACCGUCGUCCGGUCUCCUGAAAUUCGUCCAGCACGAUCACCAACACCAUCAUCACCAUCACCACCAUUCCACGGGUGCCGCCGUCAUGAACGCAUCGGUCGUGAACGGGCACCAUCACAGCAGCUCCGGCGGCAACAGCGCGUUCCGCUUGGUCACUCCAAAAGCCAAACAUAACGAUUGCAUAAAAUUCGGUAUCAGCCGCCUGGUGGAAAAGUUCAACGACAGCCGUUCGACUUACGAUACGUCGUACGCUGCGAACAACAACAACAAUAUCACCAAGAGCCUCAACGAACCGGAUGUCGACAACCGUCGCGGUGACGAUGACGACGACGAACGAGAAGUGAAGAGGUGCACGAGAGAGUCGGCCCGAAAGAUAUGGUCGCCGAUGAGGAGUUCACCGUCGCCGUCUUCAUCGUCCGAAUUGGACGUGGAGAGCCGAUUAGCGUCUCCGGACAUCGACGUGACCAAGUGCGGCACUACCCCGCCACCACCGAUACAACAACCACAGCCUGCCGUCUCCAUAGUGCAGGUGACCACUCGCAAGCCACCCGUAACCGCCAAGAACUCGGAAGCGUUCAGCGUCAGCGCGCUACUCAAGCCGGACGCACCCCGCACCACCAGACAUCCGUUCAACAACCAUCACCACCACCAUCAGCAACACCAUCAACAACACCAUCACCAGCAGCAGCAGCCACCGGCCAUGACAGCCGCCGAUACUAUAUCGGUCACCAGAUCGCUGUUAUAUCCGGCCGUCCAGUUCCCGGAUCUGAUCAAAGACACCCGGAAGGAAGUGCACCUGCACCCGUCUGCGGCCAAUGCGCUGCUCCAGAAACACUUUUCCGGUUUUAGCUUUCACCCGCACUUCUAUUCGGCCGCCAACAUGCUGAACCCGUCCAGCGGCUCACCUGAGCACGUUGGUAGCGGCGCGGGUAGUAGUGGCAGUGGUGAUCCGCACACUGACAACAAUCACAACUUGCUCACUAGCUCGCUGUAUCUGAGCCUGGGCGCCGUCCAGGCCGCCGCCGCUGCCGCUUUUGUCCAUCCACUGUCUACAACCGGCAUGAGUUCGCCGGCGGCCAAUCCGUUCCACUCGUCGGGGCAACAGCAGACUUCGGGUGGCGUUGUGGUGCCUCAUCCGUCGGCCGAGGACAUGAUGAAGCUGCGGCAACAGUUUGCACCCGGCGCCAAUCAGCCGCUGGCCGCCGCGCCUCCGUCGGACCCCGGAGGUCACAUGCGACACCACCACAUGCUGAUGAGGGGCUCAGUAUUCGGAGACGUGUACUCGUGCAUCAAGUGCGACAAAAUGUUCCCCACGUCGCAUGGCUUGGAGGUGCAUUCCCGGAGGUCGCACAACGGCAAGAGGCCGUUCUCGUGCGAGCUGUGCAACAAAUCUUUCGGCGCCGAGAUAAGCCUGAACCAACACCGGUGGCUCUGUUGUCGUCGAUCGGCGCACAACGUAGAAAAACUGUUUGAAUGUAAACAGUGUGGCAAAACGUUCAAAAGGUCAUCUACUUUAUCUACGCAUUUGCUAAUCCACUCAGACACUCGACCAUAUCCAUGUCAGUUUUGCGGAAAACGAUUUCAUCAGAAAUCCGACAUGAAGAAGCACACUUACAUACACACAGGUGAAAAACCGCACAAAUGUCAGGUGUGCGGCAAAGCGUUCAGCCAGUCGUCAAAUCUAAUUACGCAUAGCCGGAAGCAUACUGGGUAUAAACCGUUUGCGUGCGACCUCUGCGGCCGUGCUUUUCAGCGUAAAGUCGACCUCCGCAGGCACAAGGAAACGCAACACACUGAUUUCCGGUCUGGAAAUCUCACGUAAGCCAAACCACCAACUCUAUCACACACAUAAAAAAAAAAUAAAAACAAAAAAAAAAAUAUCUGUAAUAAUAAAUUGUCUCGUAUAUAACACUAUAUUAUAACUCGCACCUGUAUCCACUUUUACAUUACAUUGUUAUAUAUAUAAUAUAUGACUAUAUACUUAUAUAUUAUAUUAAAUAUGUAUAUAAGUGUCUUAUCGUUUCUUCUGUUUCUUUAUUUUUGAACUUCGUUGUUUACAAAGUUUUUCCGAUUUCAAUGAUCAAUGGUAAAUCAUCAUGGUUAUAAUUAUUAGUAUUAUUAUUAUUAUUGUCGUUAUAUUGGAUUAAAUGUAAAUCGCAGUCGCUGUGUGUUCAUCGUGUAUUAUAAUAUUUUAUUAUAUUGUACACACUUCGACAUGUAUUUCUUAAAUUAAAUUAUGUAAUUCAUAUUAUAAUACUUAAUAUUGUGUAUUUAUAAUAUAUAACAUACACAUAGAUAUUAUACUAAGUAUAAAAUCAAUGAGUAUAAAAUAUAGUUAAAUCAUAAAUCAUUAUGAACGUGCUUUUAAU